AUGGCGAUGCCGGCGCGAGAAGUGUGGGCACUGGCUGGUGACGACGCCCUCCUCCCGUGUGACCUGAGUGUGAGAGACCCGAAGGACUCAGUGCAGAUGGUGAUGUGGCUGAGGGAAGGCACUCACACACCUCUCUUCAGCGUGGACUACCGGGAACGUACAGGUGACGACCCACAGACCUGGCGUGACAACUCGGCGUCCACAGCACAACGAGCCCACAUGCACGUGAACGGCGUCGACUUGGGUCUCAUCAACAGCAUCGACUUCGCAGAACAAAGUUACGGUGGACGAGUGACAGAUUUCGGAUACGGAGAAAGCAUGAGUACCUCUCACCUCUCAGGGAGUCUCAGUUCCCGAGUCUUUGGCAAUAGAAUCGAGGAUAUUGAUUCACAGGAGAGUGCUACCCUAGACAGUCCGUUGGAAGAGGAGAAUAUCGGUCUAGUGGUUAAAGAUGUGGAGUUGAACGACACCGCCGUCUACCGCUGCCGAGUAGACUUCUUGCUGUCACCGACACGUAACAGUCGCGUCAAUUUCACUGUAGUAGUGCCGCCGCUACAUGUUGGUGUGAGGUGGUGGAUGGGUGACAGAGGAGACUCCGUCAUCAACAACGAGGCUGGACCCUUCCGUGAAGGGGAUUCACCAACGCUCAUCUGCUUCACCCGCGACGCUUGGCCUCCUCCCCGAGUGGUGUGGUUUGAGGAGGACGUGUUGGUGGAUGACACGUAUACCAUGGACCCGACUAAUGAAGCCGUGGAGAAUACCUUGUUACUGAAGCACCUGACGAGAACCCAUCACCAUCGCCGCUUCACCUGUGUCGCUGCUAACUCCAACCUUACGAAACCCAUUGCUGCCACCGUCCACAUACAGAUGGCAUUGGAUGUGUUGAACGUGGAGAUGGACGAGGUAGGAGUGUUGUCUGCCGGGGUUCAGGCUGAGGUGAAGUGCACAGUAUGGGGAUCCAGUCCACCGCCCAUCGUUACCUGGACACUGGCUGGCUCCGAGCUCGCCUCCGCCAAACCCUGGGUGUCAGACGAUGGCAACAGGAGCGUGUCAAUGGUGAGCUUCACGCCUCAGCCUCGCCACGACGGUACCCAGUUGGAGUGCUCGGCCCACAACCCCGUCAUCACAAGCACCCCGGCUCACCGCCACCCCAACCCCGACAACCACCACUCCAGCGUUCUCACCGUCAACUAUGCCCCGAGGGUGAGUGUGACGCUCGGCCGCUCCCUCGACGCUGCCAACAUCAAGGAAGGGGACGAUCUCUAUUUUGAAUGUGCCGCCACAGCCAAACCUCCACCUCACAAGGUCACCUGGAGUCACAACGGAGGACACCUAGAGUCAUCACCGGGGAUCCUAGUGUCCAACAUGACGCUGGUGUUGCAGAAAGUGGCUCGCUCAAACGCGAGCACCGCACUUGCCACGCCACCAACACCGAGGGAUCUGCUGCUUCUCCGCCUGUCAACCUCGACGUCAAAUACGCCCCAGUGUGCGCCACGGACACGGUAGCCCAACACAGUGUGGCCAAGCACGAGAACGCCCGCAUCUCGUGUAAUGUGCUGGCUAACCCCCCUGUCGUGCACUUCAGUUGGGCCUUCAACAACACCGCCGAGGCUGUCAGCGUUCCCACAGACCGAUAUGUGGUGAUGGGCACGGAAUCGGUGGUCAACUACACGCCCGUCACGGAACUCGACUACGGCACUCUACUCUGCUGGGCUAAGAAUGCUAUCGGCACUCAAGUUCACCCGUGUGUCUUCCAGAUAGUGGCAGC